AUGUCUCGGUACGUGGAGAUGCUGGACAUGGGCGUGCGCAUCGCGGCGAGGUUCCACUCGCACUGCCCGCAGACGGCGCGCAUGUACUACAAGCCGCCGCAGACCCAGUCGGCGUCGACGUCGUCGUCCUCCUCCUCCUCCUCGGCGGGCGCGGCCGACGCCGCCGCGAAGGCCAGGAGCUUCGGUCUCGACGCCGCGGUGGUCCUGCGGCCCUUCGCGUCCGCGGCGCAGGGGAGUUCCGGCCGGGGUUCCAGCGCCACGAGUUCGACACCGCGCAGGUCGUCGUAUCCGAGGUUGUCUGAGCCAUGA